AUGUCGGACGACGAAGGAGGCCUGUUCUGCAUCGCCAUCGACUCCGACGAGGAGACCAAGGCGAAGCCCAGGGACCAGCAGACCGAGGAGGAGUUCCAGCAGCUCAGGAGGACGUACAGGGUCAAGGAGCAGAACGGAGAGGCGACCAAGCCGGUUCUUCAAGAAGUCCUGCACGCGGUCGAGGAGCUGUACUUCCUGCGGCGGUUCGACGAGGCGGCGGCGUUCGCGAGGCGGGUCCUGGACGGGAGCGAGGCGGCGCUGGACCGGGACACGAGGGAGAUGCUGGGCCGGUAUGAGGAGAAGUGCCGGGGUCGGAUGGGGAACUGA